AUGGCCUUUGGCAAAAAGAUCCACUGGCAAGUCCUCAACCAUCACGUCCAACUCCUUAAGUUUCUAACCAACCUUAGGGGCGGUGUCGCCUGUAUUUUCAUCUCCGUCCUUCUGCUCCUUGCCGUCUCUAUCGCCGCCCCGGAGUCCAACAGCAACGCCAUCUUCAAAGUCAAGGCAAAUCAAAACAGCUCCACGCCAAAUAUCUCUAUUCACUUCGGCAGCUUUGGAUACUGCGUCCACGACCUGCCGGUGGGCAAUGAUUUCCUAGACAACUGCACCGAUAGCGCGAUCGGCUAUAGCCCAAGCGAGGCCAUCGAGCCGACACUAAAAGUCUAUAUGACCGACGCGGCGCGCUCGAAAAGCACUAUGUUUACCAGGGCGCUCGUACUACAUCCCAUCGCUUGCGUCGUUGCCCUCGUGGCAACGUUGCAAUGCUGCCGGACCGGUUUUCGCAACAAUCUUGCCGGCACUUUCAUCGGUUGCAAUGCACUCAUGCUUGUGGUGACUGUCAUAGCCUUCGACUUUCAGCUUGCCAAUACUGUCCGCGUCGCUGUCACUGAUCAAAACGAACAUCGGGCGAGCGUUGAAACCGCGGGCAUCUGGGUGACGGUGGCGGCUGGCCUGUUUCUGCUCCUCGGCGUGACCCUCGUCUUUUUCACGUGCUGCACCGGCCGUCGCAAGCAGCACAAAACUAGUGGGUCCAAGAAGCAUAUAAAAGGGCGAGGCCGGUCCAAGAAAUAG